AUGGGAGUCGAGGUCAAGAAGCAGCCCAAGUCUACGAACGGGGCAACCAAGCUCUCAGAAUGGGCACAAUGGCUGGAAGAACGGCAAAUAUCCCUCUCGUUUGGUUCCAUGGCCGCAUUGCUGAUGGCCCACGGCUACACGCUCGAGGCGGACCAUGCCUCGCGGCGGGCCAAGCUGCUCGCUCUCGCGUCAUAUAAUCCGCAGACGGGCAACUACGCCGUGGGACGGGGCGACUUGUACAUUGUGCUGUUCUUCAUCCUGCUGCUCACGGGGCUGCGCGCGAGCGCCAUGAAGCUGGUGCUCUCGCCGCUGGCCACGCGCUGGGGCGUCCAGGGCCGCAAGGACGCCACGCGGUUUGCCGAGCAGGGCUGGAUGCUCAUCUACUACAACGUCUUUUGGCCAAUGGGAAUGUACUUGUACUACAACUCGUCGUACUUUCUCAACAUGGAAGAGCUCUGGACCAACUGGCCGCAGCGCGAGGUGGGUGGGCUGAUGAAGUUUUACACGCUCGCGCAGCUGGCCUUUUGGAUGCAGCAGGUGCUGGUCAUUCACCUCGAGCAGCGACGGAAAGAUCACUGGCAGAUGCUUGGGCACCAUGUUGUGACUAUUGCUCUCAUUGUCGCAGAAUAUGCCUACCAUCAAACCAGAGUCGGCAAUUUGAUCAUGGUCUUGAUGGACGUGAUUGAUCUCUUCCUCCCGCUCGCCAAGUGCCUCAAGUACCUGGGCUUCACCUGGAUAUGCGAUGUCCUCUUUGGCUUUUUUGUCCUGUCGUGGGUCCUCGCCCGCCACAUCCUGUUCGUCGUCACCUGCUGGAGCGUGUACCACGACCUUCCGCGCCUGACGCCCGAUGCUUGUUAUCGCGGGUCGGCUGAGAAUCUCCAAGGCCCGUUCCCCAUACCAGACGACUGGACGCGCUUCAUCGAGCCGUUUGUGGACCCAAGCGGUGUAGUAUGCUUCAGCACCAACAUUGCAUACGGCUUUUUGGCCUUUUUGAUCUCUUUGCAAGUAAUGAUGAUGGUUUGGUUUACAUUUAUCAUCAAGAUUAUUGUCAAGAUUCUGCAGGGUGAGAGGGCGGAGGAUGUGCGCAGCGACACGGAGGAGGAUGAUGAGGAGAAUGAGGAGAGGGAGGCGAAGCUUUCGUCAGAAUAG